CAAGGGAUGCAGGGGUGCAGGCCAUGGCAGCGACCUUCAAGCCGGUGACACACGUAAUUUUUGACCUGGACGGCGUGAUUUUGGACACGGAGCCGAUGCACGAGGAAGCGGUGCAGGCGAUCGCCGACCGUUACGGCAAGAAGUACACGUGGGAACUGAAGCUGAAGCUGAUGGGUACCACCGGCCCAGACUCUGCGCGAAUAGUGAUCGAUGGCCUGAAGUUGCCGCUCACCGUGGACGACUACCUGGUAGAGUUGGGCCGCAUCUACGCCGAGAAGUACCCCAAGGUUACCCUCAUUCCAGGCGUCGAACGACUUGUGCGUCACUUGCACAAGCACGGCAUCCCCUUGGCGAUCGCUACCAGCUCGAAGCGCGUCUCAUUCACGCUGAAGACGGCGCGCCACAAGGAACUGCUCGCGCUCUUCCAUCACGUGGUCUGCUCAGGCGACGACCCCGAAGUGAAGCACGGAAAGCCGCAGCCGGACAUCUUCCUGGUCGCGGCAUCCAAGUUUGACGGGAAGCCACCCCCCGAAAAGGUUCUGGUGUUCGAGGACGCCCCCCACGGUGUCACUGCCGCUCUCGACGCUGGAAUGCAAGUUGUCAUGCUACCGGACCCCCGGAUGGAUGAACAAAACAAGCGUCGGGCCACCCUCUUCAUCGACUCACUGAUGAACUUCAAGCCCGAGGUCUUCGGCCUACCACCAUUCGAAGACACCGCAAAGAAGAGUUAGCUCGGCGAUGCUGAGAAGGACGCUGCGGAUGGCUGUUCGCACUUGUUAAUAUUCUCAUUUUGCUUAGCGAAGGCAUGCCACAACUCGUAUUCCACGCAGAAACGCUGGUUAGGGGCGGUUGAUUGUGUACUGCCGCAUUCAGGGCUCUGGAAGCAUGUAGAUUAUUAGUGGCAUGGGUACGAGUUUGUGGGCAAUCAGCACGGACGCUUACGUGGUGUCGUGAAAGAAAAUUCGUUUAUUGAACGUGAAAAUAUGCAGUCGCAAUACAAAAGUGUAGGAAAUAUUUGCGUCUUUCUUAUAAUA